GAGCUUUUUCAGCACGCUCGAAUUUGUAUCAGACUGAAGACUUCUCAAACUCAUUCAAUUCUUUUCCCCGUUACCGACGGGUUGUUUUCAAUUCUUCCUCGUCAGUGCUUCCCUCCCUACUCCCGGCUACAUCUGGACAGCGGUCGCGCGCAAGAGCUUGCUGUUGUUGAGGUUGGCCCGCCAAGCUGGAAGUUUCGCCGUCAUGCAAAGUUGUCCAGUCUUGCCGUUGUCUAAAACUUACUCUUUCAGUCACUGCGACCUCAGCAGUGCAGCGUACCACUCGUUUCGUUGUGGUCAAUGUGCGGUGUUACUGACAGGGUUCUUACUAAGCAUCAAUUCUGGACUCAUUAGAGCGUGAUUCACAGUAUGCCCAUCAUCUUCUUUCACUCUUGAUACCAUUUGCCAGUCAUGCCCGACACGCGUCGAUCGACACCGGGUGUAAAGGGAUGAUUGAAGCUUCUCGCUGCGAGGUUGUGUGCUGCUCAAAGGCGCUUGUUUUCUUCCUCGAAUCCUAAAUGUCACUGCCAGGGCACGAGGGGCGACCUUCCGCCUCUAUCCCGUUGCAUAGUAACCGUCUUGUUUGUGCAGCUGAGGGCCCUCGGCACACCAACAGCGGUGGAUACGCGGGUGCCUUCUUGAGUUCUUCAUACGUUGACGAUGUGUUCUCGAUUGACAAAUUCUGUGAGAGAACUUCUUUGAAGUUCCUGUCGGUCUCUCCAGAACGAGUCGUCUUUGAGCUGAAGGGUGUAGAUGCCGCGAUUCCUAAUGCAUUGCGGCGAAUCCUCAUAAGCGAGGUCCCUACCGUAGCCAUCGAGACAGUGCAGAUAUGGCAGAAUACUGGAGUCGUCCAGGACGAAGUACUUGCACACAGACUUGGUUUAAUUCCCUUCAUCGUGGAUCCGACGGCGCUUAAUUACCGGCAACCCAACCAAGAAGUCACAGAUGAGAAUGCUCUUCGCGUCUCACUCCACGUCAAGUGCACGGAACAAAGUCUGGGCCCUCAUCAGACGAGUCUGCCGGUGUACGCCAAGCACAUAAAAUGGGAACCGAUGUCCCCGAGCCAGAAAGAAGCGUUUGCGGCGAAUCCACCCCGCGCCGUCCACCCUGAUAUUCUCAUCACAAAGCUCCGGCCAGGACAGGAAAUAGAACUGAAGGCGUACCUGGAAAAGGGCGUGGGGAAGACUCACGCGAAGUGGUCGCCCGUGUGCACUGCUGUGUACCGCCUUGAACCCGAAAUUGUUUUCAAAGAAUCAAUUCAGGGAGAGGACGCAUCAGAUCUGUGCAGUCUUUGUCCGAUGGGCGUCUUUGACAUCGAAGACACAACUGGCGAAGCGUACGCGCGGUACCCCCGCAACUGUACCACGUGCCGAGCUUGCAUCGAACGCUUCCCGAAAGAAAUCGAGCUUCGAAAAAUAAAAGACCACUUCAUAUUUUCCAUCGAAUCCACUGGGUCCGUCCCCGCUCCGCUCCUUUUCAAGAUGGCCAUUGAAAUACUGAAGGAGAAAGCUCUCACGUUCCGCCAAAUCAUUGACCUUAAACUCGUUUCCGGUAACUGAACUUGACUUCUUUCGAAUUGAAAAGCUUAAAUUGUGUGAUGUUUUGUUGAGGGAAAACACACUUCACCGUCUUGGUAUUUGACUUCAUUCAGGUCUCUGUGGCACUCUCUUGCCAUUCUGAGAGAAGGCAUGCGGCGCGGACUUAUCCUUGCUGCCCGGCCGUUACCGCUUGCAAUUCUAUAAUACAAACUCGUUGAGUAUCCGCGCACGUAUCCGUCCACGGUUACUUUGUUCGUGUGUCUGCGCAACUUCCA